AUUCUAUUGGUCAUAGGAAUUCUUUUUCAGAUUCUGGUGAAAAGACAUUCUGAGAUUAUAGGAAGAAAGGAAAACAGAAUUUAGAAAAACGUGCGACCUGUGUAACAAGUGUUAUGAUUGGCUAAUAUUUCAAAAUACACAGUUUUCUCAUAAAUACCAGAUCUACAACAGGAUGCGACCGGCGCUUAUCUGUGUAUCAUAUUGAACGCCGAUUAUUAUUGAAGAGCUUCAGUAGAAAAGACGCAAAGACGAAUACAUCUCGAUUCGGUCGUUGCCGUGCUUAGUAUACUUCGUCUUCUGACUCGGCGUGUGAGACAGUGCGUGCGCUCUUAUUUCCGAAUUUUAAUCAAUUUUUUAUUGUGAGGAUUUUAAAGCGAUAUUAUAGCACUUUUCGGUUCAACUCAAUUCCAUAGCCAUGGCCAUACCCAUCAACCAGAAAAAAAGGAAUCAACUUAACAUCAGUCUACAUACGCAGCUGACAAUUUCGGCGAUUAUCAUUUUCUUUGGAAUUAUUAUCAGUGGAAUUAUUGCCAUUGCAACUGAACUAAAGUUCACAGUGGGGGAACCGAUGAGUUUCCGCAUGACCAGUGAAGGUCGUAUAAUAGAAAAUACAACGCCCCGAAGUUGGAAUAGUUGGAUUUAUAGAUAUAUAAUAAUGCGUGAUGAAACAAUGUCAAGUGAUUACUCUUUCUUCCAAUAUUACCUAUUUCGAUACAUCUGGAUUAGCGUAAUGUUUUCUGGUCCUCUAUAUCUCCUUUGCUAUCAAAUACUUCAACUUUUCAAAGCUGUGCAAAAAAUCUCAAGGGGAGGAGAGGACAGAUUUGUAUAUAACUCAUAUUUAUAAAAACCUUUUUGGACAAAAGAUUUUAAAAGUUUUACGUCAAAAUGGUAAAUACCUCAAAUAGAUGUACCUGAAUAAUAAUAUUAAUAUGUACACUAUGUUUUACAAUAACACACACACACAUUUUAUGAUAUAACGUAACAUGUAAUUUUAUAAUAUUAAUAUUACAAAAUACUUUCAUCAUUAUUAAUUCCGCGUAAGCUCUAACGUUUCAUUUUUGCAGCUAUUAGUGUUUAGAAAUAUUUUAUUUACAAGAAAAUGAUGCUGUCACAUGUUCCUGGAAUAAUAUAUCUUCACAGACUUUUAACUUAUUUUGCUAGAACGGAUGUCGAGAUAUGCGUUGUGUGUUUACAAUUAACAAUAUAUUUAUAACAAAAAAUCAAUUAAUUUAAUAAAUAUAAAGUAAAUAAUAUGAGUAAAUUUUAUUUACUAUAUUAUAUUUGUUAUAGAUAUUUUUGGUAUGUAUACAUCAUAUAUGUUAUAUCCAUUACUUAUAUAAAUUAUAAUAUAAUAUAACGUUAUUGUAGCACAUAACAAGAAUUUGAUAGAUAUAUUUAUAAUCACGUGGAUAUAUAAUUAUUACUUAGACAAAAGAAUAAGAUUUAUAUUUUAUGCUGAUACAACUUGAUGUUCUUAUACUAAUUGUAGCAAUUUAAUAUCUUUUACUUUUACUAAUUACUUUUACUACUCGUAAUCCUGUAAAUUUGUUGCAUUAAAUCUAUUUUUCUUAAAUUA